AUGGGCGACAAGGUGCCACCCCUGAAGAGGGAAGACGGAUCCAUCACAGAAAGCAAGACAGAACAAGCAGAGGAGCUGCUGAGUACGUUCUUCCCGCCUCUGCCAGCGAGGAUCGACGAGGAAGGGGAGAGACCGCAACGACGAGCGGUACCCAUGCCGGACCUGACGCUGGACGAGAUCGAAGUUAAAGUCAUGGCAGCGAAACCUUGGAGAGCACCUGGAGACGAUGGCGUCCCGGCGAUGGUGUGGAGGCGGCUCUGGCCGGUAGUGAAGCACCGGGUACUGACCCUCUUCCAGACGUCGCUCAGGAACGGCACAGUGCCUCACCAAUGGAGAAGUGCGAAAAUCAUUCCGCUCAAGAAGCCGGACAGGGGCGAUUAUACAGACGCCAAAGCGUGGCGGCCGAUAUCUCUUUUGUCAACGCUCGGGAAGUUAAUGGAAUCCGUCAUCGCUGAGCGUAUCUCGUAUGAGGAACUCUCGGUUAAAGGAACUGUUAAUGUAUCAACUUGA